UUCUUUUCAUUUAUUUUUGGCUUUUCUCUGUAGAGAAACAUUUAGCUCAGUUUUUUCGAUGGCGACGGCGACUUAUCCACCGCCGCCGCCGUAUUACAGGCUCUACAAAAACUACUCUGACGACCCCGAUUCCUGUCCCGCGCCACCGCCUCCUAUUGGAGGCCCUUACUUCCUCUACGGCGCCAGCUACACGACGGAUGAUGUCCUUCCCGGGCUAGAAGAACAGGGUGUUCGUCAAUUGUACCCUAAAGGGGAUAUUGAUUUCAAGAAAGAGCUGAGGUCUCUUAACAGGGAAUUGCAGCUAAAUAUUUUGGAGCUUGCUGACGUCCUUGUAGAGCGUCCAUCGCAGUAUGCUAGGAGAGUAGAAGACAUCUCUUUAAUUUUCAAGAAUGUAUAUCACCUUCUGAAUUCUCUGCGUCCACACCAGGCUAGAGCAACAUUGAUACAUAUUCUAGAACUCCAGAUACAGCGGCGUAAACAAGCUGUGGAAGACAUUAAAAGGAGAAGAGAAGAAGCACAAAGGCUUCUCACAGAGGCGCUUGGAACUCUCGAUGGACAAUGAAGAUAAACUCAUAGGCUUCAUGAUGAAGUAUUCUGAAAGCUUAUAAACUUUAUUAAGUGCAUCCGUGCACAAAUAAACUAGUGUAGUGACACACUAGUUAAAAAACACUUGAACACAUUCCAUCUCCUUCCAUCAAAGUAAAAAUUUUAAAAAGAAAAAGAAAAAAUUAGAAGAGAUUUAUUGAAGAA